CGCAUUUGCUUGCUUUUUUGGGUUCAAGAUGAUAGAUGUCCUUCUGUGUUUCCUUGUGGCCUGUCCAGUGCUGUUGGCUGCAGGCAGCCCAGUUUCUCAGUCCAACAAUGGGACCACACCACUGGUGAUUUGGCAUGGGAUGGGUGACAGUUGCUGCAACCCUCUCAGUAUGGGUGCAGUAAAGAAGAUGAUUGAGGAGGAGAUUCCUGGGAUUUACGUGCUUUCACUGAUGAUUGGCAACAACAUCAUCGAGGACACAGAAAAUGGGUUUUUCAUGGAAGUGAAUGAGCAGGUGUCUGUGGUGUGCACUCAGCUGGCUCAGGACCCCAGGCUGAAGACAGGAUACAAUGCCAUGGGCUUCUCCCAGGGGGCGCAAUUUCUGAGAGCUGUGGCGCAGCGAUGUCCCUCUCCACCAAUGAAAAACCUGAUCUCUGUGGGUGGUCAACACCAAGGUGUGUACGGUCUACCCAAGUGUCUCGGAGAGAAGUCAGUGAUCUGUAACAUAAUUCGCAAAAUUCUGAACAAAGGCGCAUACAAAGAGGAGAUUCAAAAACACCUGGUGCAGGCCGAGUACUGGCACGACCCUUACAAUGACGACCUGUACAAGAGGUACAGCCUCUUCCUGGCCGACGUCAAUCAGGAGAGGACGGUCAAUGAGACUUACAAGAAGAAUCUACAACUGUUGGAUAAGUUUGUGAUGGUCAAGUUCCUGAAUGACACUGUGGUGGAUCCUGUUGAUACUGAGUGGUUUGGCUUUCUGAAAACAGGCCAGGCCAAAGUGACUGAAACUCUACAGGAGAGUGUGCUCUACAAAGAGGAUCGCCUGGGUCUGGCAGCGAUGGACAAAACUGGAAAGCUGGUUUUCCUGGCAACCAAAGGCGAUCAUCUCCAGUUUACCAGAGAGUGGUUCAACACCAACCUGCUGCCUUACCUGCAAUAGAAUAUUUUAAGUGUUGGAUGACUAAAACAAAGUGAAAUUAAAUAGUAAACUUUGUUUCUUAAUAUUCUGCGUUUGGCACUAAAUCUUUUGUACUUUAUUAGCUCAAUUUUGUCAUCUGCUGUAUUUUGUGUGCUGUAGGUUCAUUCUGUCAUGCAAGUAUUUAAUAAAUCCUACUCUUUAAAAC